AUGAAGCAGGACGAGUGGCAUGGGCGUAUGAAGCAGGACGAGUGGCAUGGGCGUAUGAAGCAGGACGAGUGGCAUGGGCGUAUGAAGCAGGACGAGUGGCAUGGGCGUAUGAAGCAGGACGAGUGGCAUGGGCGUAUGAAGCAGGACGAGUGGCAUGGGCGUAUGAAGCAGGACGAGUGGCAUGGGCGUAUGAAGCAGGACGAGUGGCAUGGGCGUAUGAAGCAGGACGAGUGGCAUGGGCGUAUGAAGCAGGACGAGUGGCAUGGGCGUAUGAAGCAGGACGAGUGGCAUAGGCGUAUGAAGCAGGACGAGUGGCAUGGGCGUAUGAAGCAGGACGAGUGGCAUGGGCGUAUGAAGCAGGACGAGUGGCAUGGGCGAAUGAAGCAGGACGAGUGGCAUGGGCGUAUGAAGCAGGACGAGUGGCAUGGGCGUAUGAAGCAGGACGAGUGGCAUGGGCGUAUGAAGCAGGACCAGUGGCAUGCGUGCAUCUCCACGAGGCCAGCAUUCACCAGCAGCCACUGUUGCCACUGCACGUGGGCAGCAGUAGGGAAGGUGUGGAGUGCAGCAGAGAGCUCACCGUGGCGGCACCAAGGGCAAGCACGUCCCGCAGCUGGUGGCAAGUGCGCUCGUCCUUGCAUGCCACAAGCACGGGGGGUUCUGCUGCUGAUGGUGCCGGUGGUGGUGCUUCUGCUUCCUGCUGUUGUGCGCUGCGCUCCCUGA